AUGCCUAUUUUUUUUUAUCCCCCAAAAAAAAACUUAUAUAAAAAUCAAGAAAGAAAUCUGAAGUUCAAAUUGAAUCCAACAAAAUAUUUUGAUACUAACAAAGAAACCAUCAAUCCAGAAUUAUUUGGUGCAUUUGAAACAACCGAGGAAGUUGGGACAUUGUUGGUAGUUGUUGUAAUUGUUGAAGUGAGGUUCAAAUUUUAUAAAGUACUUCCACAAUUUUUUAUUUAUUUGACUUCUUCAUUUCUUAGAUUAGCAAUGACUUCCACUAAAACAUAUCCACCUGGACAUGAACCAUGUACAAAACCUGAUGAUCCAAGAUGUAAGCCUAAAACAGCAGAUCCAACAGUGGUCAGUACAACAGAAGAGAAUGAAAUAAUCACAGAUCCACCAAAACCUAAAAAAACUACAACAUCCCAAUCCCAAUUAGGCUCAAGCCAAAAAAAAUCAACCAUAACACAAUUCAAAACAUACACCACCACAGAAACAUUAUAUUUCCCAGGAUACACCACUUAUACAUCUUCAACAGGGACUGAUGGAGAAUUAACCACAUAUGCAACUUACAUUCCACCAAGUACUGUUGUGGUGAUCAAGAAAGUUACUUCAGCAACUGUAGAAGAAAUUCAAGAAAGUAAUCCUGUUUCAGCUGGACAUCUUGAUCUGGAACUCUCAGUUUAUAAUUUAUAUAGCAUUGCUACAUCAUUAUUUGUUAUUUCUGUAACAAUGCUUUACUUAAUUGUUGCUUAA